AGAUGUGUCGGCUGUCACGUUCGCGCGCUGCUCCGUGCGUGCGUGUCGCCCGUAGCGGCGGUCCGAGACCUCAGUCGCUGCGCCGGUCUGUCGCUCCGGGUGCCACAAGGCCACCACCCAAGCCGACCACGCGGCCGUGUCGCCGGCUGCCUGACAACUGACUCACACCUGACUGAGAGACGUUACAUCAGUCCGUGGGAGGCGGAAUGUGACCGUGGCUGUAGUCAGAGAGCCGUGUGCCGUGUACUACAACCGUGUUGAGAGUUAGAUGGUGUUGAUGGAGGGAGAUUAGUGCACUCGAGGAAGCUCGAGGAAGUGCACUCGAGUACCGUUGUAAGAAACUGGGGUCAAGUGUGAACGGAAGCGGUCUAUCGUUGGAUGUGUUCACCCGCGGUACGCCAACAUGAAAGCGUACACAAUGUGACUGAUACACUAUCUGAAUGAUGUCAUAUCACAUCAUCCCAUUACCAGAAUUGACGGAGUACAAACAACCCUUGAAGUCGGAUCCUCUUUCAAAGUGCCUCCUAAACGAUUGCAUUUUAAUGGAACUCUUCAGACGGCUACCAAAGAAAACAGCCCUGAAGCCAGACACGCCCCUGCGCAUUAUACCGGUCACAGUGAUGCCUGACGGUGACCUGAAGGUGUUUGGAUCAGCCAUCUCCUCUGCCACACAUAUCUCAUUGAUCAGUCGCCAGCGCUCUCUGACCCAGCCGGGGUCUGAUGAGCGGGGUCCGCGGUGUCCACUGCCGACCGCCGGCGCCCUCUGGAGUCCCGGACCAAAGGCCCCCGGCUGACGGGGUGAACAAGGGACCGGCGGUGUCACCGGGCCGAGUGACCUCUGCGCGCGGGCCGCCCUAUAUCACGGCCGGUAAAGGGGAACAGAGGCGGCGACACGGCCCGCGGCCGCUCCGCACCGCCCGACUGACGGCUGCUGAAUGGUUCAUCAGCUCAAUCAAUGUUACUCCGGCGGCGGCGCUUCUCACAGGCCCUUCACAGCCAUGGCAAAACGGCCGGGUACGCGAAACUGAGCCAUAGUGGCGGUGACCCUGCGCGUUUCAGAGCGGUUUUUCCGUGCGACGGCACUCCGACCGGGCCAGGUGGUCGGCGGGCGCAAACGAUUCCCGCCCUUAUCGACUGCUUCACCGCUCGGCCGGGCGGCGCUAGUGGCAUGCGGCCGGGCCGGCUGUGUGAGACCGCCGUCGCUGCGUUGAGGAGGAGCGGUCGGGGCGGCGGGGCCUCAGUUGGUCAGUCGCGGGACAGGGGUGAGGGUGUCGCUCGCUCGCUCCCCAGUGGACAGUCGUACUACCGGCCUGUGACGCAGAGCGAGACGGUCCGCAGUGCUCAGAGGACUAUGAACGGCCCCCUGUUGUGUGCCGAACAGCCCAUGGAUCCGGCCGCCCGCAGCCUCGCCCACAACGACGCGGUCAUCUUCCGGGAUGACCGGGUGCUGGAGUCUCUGCUGCGCACCGAGCACUCGUACAUGCCCGGAGGCAGCUACUUCCAGACCACCCAGAACGACAUCCAGCCCUACAUGCGCAAGAUGGUGACAUCGUGGAUGCUCGAGGUCUGUGAGGAGUUUGGCUGCGAGGACCAGAUCUUCCCGCUGGCCGUCAACUACCUGGACCGUUUCCUGUGCCUGCGCCGCAUCUGCCGCGGCCAGCUGCAGCUGCUGGCCGCCGUCUGCCUGCUGCUGGCCUCCAAGAUCCGGCAGUGCCGCGCGCUCAGCCUGGCACAGCUCGUCUACCUCACCGACUUCUCCGUCACCGAGCAGCAGCUCAAGGAGUUUGAGCUGGCGCUGCUGCACCGGCUCAACUGGGACCUCAACUCCGUCACCAGCUUCGACUUCGUGGAGCAGCUGCUGUCCCGGCUGGCGCUCAAGAGCAACGCCCGCUUGAUACGGCGUCACGCGCACACGUUCAUCGCUCUGUGCACCACAGAGGUCGAGUUUCUGGAGACGCGGCCGUCGCUGGUGGCCGGAGCCAGCGUGUGCGCCGCCGUGGCCGGCAUGAAGCUGGCCUCUGCCGAGGAGACGGUGCCGCAGGUGGCCGCCUGCCUGCGGCUGGAGCCCGACCAGGUGCGCCGCCUGAUGAGCCGCAUCGAGGAGAUGGUUCAGUCGGAGAUGGCCAGCGCCCAGGUGAACGCCGUCACCGCCGGCGCCAAGCACGCCGUCAGCGCGGCCAGCAAGCAGCAGCCGCAGCCGGCCGAGGAGGAGUGCUGUCAGCCCGAGACGCCCACCGACAUACAGGACAUCCUGUUCUGACUCGGAGAGUGACAGACAGACAGACAGAGAGAGACACCGGCGGCCGAACCGCCACCUAUCGUGCAAAUAUUGUUAUGCCGUUUGAUAAGGAUCUGAUUCGGUCGCGCGCCGCGACGGGGAGCGAGAGGAUCUCAUGUGCGUUCCGUUUCCGUGCAGGUGACCACCCAAAGCUGUGUUAUCGUUUGUGCGCGUUGUGUGGGGUUUUGUACUUGUAUCAUACUCAGCGCUGGCGUCGGUGUGCCGCGGUGACCUGGCAACUGUUGCCAGGUCGGGAGGCGUCCCCGCGGCGAGUAGUCCGAUGUCGUCCGACGUGCUCUUGUAGACCCUGUAAUUUCACCAUACGUGUUUAUUUUAUUUGUUGCAGAAUUCAGCAAUAUGUUUUUAUUUGCCAGACUUAUUCUUGUGUCUUUGGCCAGUCAAGUUUACCUUAUCUACAAAUAUCCACCUCAUAAGCCAAAUGGUGCUCUCAAGAGAAAUGCUCAGUAGUACGUAUGUCGAGGCAUUUUCUCCCCAACUUUGGGAAUUUAUCUAGUCGACUGUAUUAAACAUCUUUGUAAUUGUAUAUAGUUAUCCCCGAAUGCACAUCAUUUUUGAAUUUUGUACAGCUUCGUACCGAGUGUUUUCUAUGUAAAAGAAUACUAUAAAAAGAAAUAUAUGGUCAAUUAAAUA